GUCCCAACGUGUUAGGUACUCGGCGGCACGAACUUAAGACGGUUUAAAAAAAAAAAAGCAAGUAAAGUAAAGAGAAAAUUUUUUUUUCAACACGCAUAUUGAUCCUACGAAUAAUGAAGGGGGACAACGACACAUCUCUCCCCACGCCCGGCUUCGCGCGGCGCAAGGCGCGAAUCCUGGAGCAGCUGGGGCGUCCGGAAGGGGAGUACACGGACGCGUCGCCGAAGGGGACGGUGGACGAGGGGGUGCGGGAGCUGAUUGGGGAGGUCAACGGGCUGGAAGGGUUCGUGACGACGAGCAGCUGCGCGGGGCGGGUGAGUGUUUUUCUGGAGGGGAGUAAGAAGGUCGGUACGGGUACUGCUGCUGCUGCUGCUGCUGAAGAGGAGGAAGGGGAAGGGGAAGGGGGUGACAGAGGGGGAGAAGGAGGAGAAGCUAGGAAAUUGGCGGGUGUAGGGGGGAAGGGCGGGGGAGGGAAUUGGUUGUUUGUUUCGCAUGAUCCGGUGCUGGUGCCGGAAAGUGAAGGGGAUGUGAUGGAGAUGUUGGGGUUGAAGAAGGGGGGUUCUGGGGAGGGGGGUGGCGGUGAGGUUGAGGGAAGAUUUCAUGGGAAAGAUGGCGAUGCUGUGCAAGAUAUUGCUUCUGCAAGACUUGUUCACUUCAAGUUUGAGCCUAUGAUUCUCCACGUCUUGACUGCUUCGCCGGAACAUGCGCAGUUGCUCCUCCGGUGUGGUCUACAGGCCGGAUUCCGGGAGAGCGGUGCUGUGAGCUUGACACCGGCAGCCGGAGAGCAACAUGCCACCCCGAUAGUCGCUAUCCGGUCUAUGGGACUUACAUUCGAGUCCUUGAUCGGGUAUCAGUCCGACGGCGAUGAGAUACAUUGUACCGUAUCGUCAGCUUAUCUACGGAUGCUAGUUCGUAUAGCCAACGAACGCUUUGUCGAAAAUACGAAGAGGAUCAACAGAUUCCGGGCGGCUCUUGCGGAAGCAACUAAGCCGGUAGACGACGACGGCAAGAAUGGGUGGGAAGACGCACAAGUACGGCGGGAAAGAAAGAGAGCAGAAGGUUUGAAGAGGAAAGAGGAACUACGGAAGCAGAAGCAGGGGGAAGAUAGUGAUUCUGGAGCCGUAGAAGACUCGACUUUAGAAGUCCCUUUAGACGUAGAUUUCACAUGAAUUAAAAAUCUCCACGCACAGCACGAGAGGGACUUGCACAAGAAACUAAGUGCUAUCCAUCUUUCUAUAUAGCUCUGUUUUCCCCGGGUGCUCCCUAAAAAUGCUUAUGCUAUAAGUGUGUGUCGAGUGUUGUUACAACAGAGUAUCUAUCGUAGGUACCUAGGUAGGUAAGUAAUUACUAGGGCGAUUGGAAGGGGUGGUGGUGGUAGAUAACGAGGCAUCUUUCGAAGAAGUGAUUUUUUCUCCCUCCUCUUCUUCUACCCCGGUAUUCUCUGCAAUCAUUCUCCUAAGAGUUAAAAAAAAGAAGCCUCAUUCACGAGACAACCUUAUCAACCCACUCCUUCUCGAGCUUCCUGACCUCCUCCUUGAACGCCUCGACCUCGCGCCAGCAGUCGAGCGGGCGCCGGUCGUUCUCGAGUAGGCAGCGCACGACGCUGCCGCGGGCCUGCUCGACGGUGUCCGGGAGCGGCCGCAGCUGCUUGCGCUUCUCGAGGCGCGCCCUGAGGGCCUCGAUUUCCUUGGACACGGCGGGCGUGCUC